AUGCAAUAUCUGUUCCAAUAUCGCUCCCCCACCCAGCCUACUUGUAUUUUCUGCGGUUCGAACGAGACGUACCAACACUUUUUGUUCGCGUGCCGUUACGGCCUGUCCGUCUGGCACCACUUCAAGCGCAUCCAACGAGCGCUGCAAUGUCCGUUCCCGCGCAAUGCGUUCGAGUUGUUUUUUGAGCUGCCCAAGCCCCAAGAUGGUUACUACGUCCGUGGACUGUUGAAGAUCUGGCCCAUUGUCCGAGCCUGCGUGUACUAUCAAAUCUGGCUCCAACGCGCCGAUCGAACGUUCCGACCCGACCUUACCCCCAAGACUCCCGUGGAUACAGCGAUCCAUGCAGCCAACCUAAUCAAGAUGCACCUGCGGCUCCUACUUCGAGACUUGCCUCUCAAGAAAGGCUACUCCAAAGUGUUCAACGUUCUUCGAGCGCUGAGUGCUGACCCAUGGUUGAAGCUGCAUGUAAUCCCUGAUUCCGUCCACGCCUAG